AAUAAAAAAUUGUCUUCCUGUUUAGUCAGGUAAAACACACACACACGCACACACAUACAAUUACUGUAACAUGUUCAAGCCUUCAGCAGCAAAAACCACGCAGAGGAUACAACAGGGUCACCAGUGUUCAUGUUUGGCCAUGAACUGGAAUUUUUAAUGACAAAAGCAUUCACAGUUCACUUUCCUUUGUUUGCCAGUGUUAGAAUAAAAUGCCAUUUUAACAUAAAUAUGUUACUGUAUUUGUGCCAGUUAGAUUUAAUUGUUUUGCCAUAUAGAAAUAGUCUUAUGUAUAAGUGGAAGUUAAAGGUCAAUAAAAAUGAAAUAUUGUUAUGCAUUGAAAGCCAAACCACCUCCUUUUUGGAGUUUUUAAGAGAUCCUUUGUAUACUCUUUAACAUGUUUUCUUUCCUUUUUCUCUUGUUUGCUGGACAGUUGGAACUUAUUCAUCAAAUCAUGAUCUUUGUUGGUUUUCAGACUGGGGAUAUUCCUCACUAAAUGAGCUAAUUUCCUUAUCUAAUGUUUAACUAGUGGUAAGUAACCAUGGUGUUAAUUACACAAUAACAGUACAGUAUUGAUAACUUAUAAUGCAGCCAUAACAGCCAUCAUGUUAUUUCUAAUCAGGGCUACAGCAAUAUCAUCAAUAAUCCAGGCUUGAACCAACCGUGUUUGUUUACAACCUCUGAUGGACUGAAGUACAUCAACCAGUUCAGCCAUGCAUGAUCGUGCGCAUCAUGUUGUACACAUGAACUGCAGGUGUCGUCAGUGUUUGUGCGAUGUAUACUGUAAGUGCUUGUGACUCUCGGACGCCAUACUCUGUAAAAUUUGGAUUGGAUUAACUUGCCUUCCUUUGUGUUUAAACAGAACUUCCUUUUUAUACCGUGAGUAAGGGAGUGUUGUUGUUUUUUUCGGGAAUUACUUGAGAUAUGGUUUGAGGAUUUUUUUCAAUAUUGUCUCGCAAUAAACACCUUUUGGACUCAUUAAUACUGCUCUUUGUGUGAUUAGAUCACCAUGACAGACACAGUGAGUAAACAAAUCGGAAAGACUCAAACUGCUUUCCAAACUUGCUUCCAUCAAAGUCUCUUCGUUGGGGACUAUGGGGGACUGUUUUAAGGAUGGUGGAACAUAACUAAGCAUAUUUACUCACGUAGAAGGGACAUUUUUCUGCAUUCAAAACUUUAAGUACAUUUUCCUGAUUAUACUUACAUACAUACUUGCAAUUGGGAAUUUUUACAUUGUUGUAUUGGUACCUUUGUGGUUGUGGCCACUGCUGGCAUUGAGUCAGCAGUGGGAGAAAAAAAAAAUGCAGUUUGACCUCCCUGCCGGCAGGUGUCAGUGUUACAAACAUCACCGACUGACCGCAUUCGACUUGAAUUUUGUGUUACUGAUGCUUCCUUGAACUUUGACCCCUAAGUAACCUUCAUUGGCGUACAUGUGCGAUAACGGAGCUGUCUACUCUCCGUGGAAGCUGUAUAUUAUUAUAUAAUGGCUAAAUAUCUUGCACAGAUCAUUGUGAUGGGAGCGCAGGUGGUGGGACGUGCAUUUGCUCGUGCUUUACAACAAGAAUAUGCAGCGAGCCAAGCAGCAGCGCGGGCCAGGAGCCGCACAGGUCAGCAAUCCGCCGCAGCCUCCAGCAUCACUGGCAUGAGCCUGCAAGAGGCGCAGCAAAUCCUCAACAUCUCCACACUCACCCCCGAGGAGAUUCAGAAGAACUACGAGCACCUUUUUAAAGUCAAUGACAAGUCAGUGGGUGGUUCAUUUUACAUUCAAUCAAAAGUGGUGCGGGCUAAAGAGCGUCUGGACGAGGAGCUAAGUAUUCAGUCACAACAACAAAACCAAAAGUCACAGCAGAAUACAGAAACAUGAAGUACAAAAUGAUGCUCGCCCUGUCUUUCCUCUCCCUGUCCUCUGUAAAUUAUAACCCAAUAAAAACCUUCUCCUUUUCUCUAGUCUUGACUUUAUAGACAUUUUAAGGCAACAAAUGUCAUUCUAAGACCGUGAGGCACAUACUGUAGUCAUAAGUAAAUGCGUUUAUUGUUCUUUUUAUUGUCGUAUGUCAGAUGUUAUAUAUACUUUGCAGUGAUCUAAAUCCACAAAGAAAUGCUUUUAUUUAUAUAACAGUUUUCAGCUGCAGUGGUUCAGAUGAAAUGAUCAACACUGAUUCAAACUGCUUCUUGUUGACUGUUAAUCAGGGUAAUAUUCAGGUGAAGUGAUGCUGCUAUAGAGGGGCUGAAUCACAUGGACCUGAAUGCUUUAAUUGUGAUGAAUGUGUACAUUUCUAUAACUUCAGUUGUUUGGGAUGGAAAUGAAAACACAAGCUGUAUCAAAUGCAACUUUAUUAAACAUUUCUUUUUUCAUUGA